AUGGCUUCUUACUAUUUACUGUUGGUUCUGAUCUUGCUGGAUUCACAUGCAGCCCAGCCAUCUUGUCUGCCAGGAUAUACCUGCUCAGAGGAGAGCUCUGGCAGGACUCUGACACGCACAUCCAUCUCUUUAGGGGAGAUCCUAGGGAACCUUUCUGAAGAGGUCAAGCAAGUGAGAAUUGAAAAUUCACCUUUACUUGAACUUCCCAGAAGGUUUCUCGUGAGCAUGAGAAUCUUAGCAUUUCUCUGGCUUAAUUUUAAUAAUGACGUGAUCCACCCAGGAGCCUUGGAGCAGCUGUAAGCACUGAGAGAGCUGAGACUGGAGGGCAACCAACUCCGCUCCUUACCAUAAUCAGUGUUCCGUGCCACCCCUCUCUUAAGAGUUCUGGAUCUCAAAUACAACAGGAUUGAUGGGUUCCCUGAGUUUGCUCUACAGUUCUUGGUCAACUUGACAUAUCUUGAUCUAUCCUUCAAUAGGCUUAUUGUUGUGUCAAGGACCCCAAAGAGUGUCUUCUUGAACUGGCCUACCUACCAGAAACACCAACAAUCUGUUUGUGGGGCUGAAAUUCUCUCCGGCCUGGUACUGGCAUUACACAGUAAUCCUUGGCAAUGUGACUGUCGCCCAAGGGGUUUUGUUCAGUUUGUCAAAGAUAUCCACCUCCCUGUCAUCCUGGCAAAUCCAUACCUGAUGUACCAAGGCCCUCUCUCAAAGGCAGGGCAAGCUUUUCAUAAAACUGAGCUCAGUGUUUGCAUGAAGCCACAGAUCUCAACCCCUAAUACCAAUGUGACCAUUCGAGGACAUAAUAUGACCCUGGCAUGCUUAGCACAAGCCAGUCCUUCACCAAAUAUCACAUGAACUUAUCCUCUGAGCAUAUGGAGAGUAUUUGAUGUUGUUCUGCUGUCUUUCCACCCAAUAAUCACCUCCUCAACUGCAGAAGAUGCAACUCUGUCCAAGUUCGUCAUACCUGCUGCUCGCCUGGUAGACAGGGGCAGGAACACGCUAGGCAUCUCCCUCCGUGCCCAGCCAGCCCAGGCUCUGCCUGCAGCCCAUCCUCUUUCUUCCUCCUUGGAGGCCAGUGCGUACCUUGGCCUUCGGGUCAUCGAGCAGAAAGUGCGUGGGAUCCUGCUGCAGUGGUUUGCCGAAUUGACACCCCGGUUCACCCUCUACGUGACAUCAGAAGAAAACCUGAAGGAGGAGGUGGUCCACAUCGGUCCUGGAAUCAACAUGUAUGCUGUGGAUGACCUCCUCCCUGCCUUAGCCCUGGAGGCCAGCCUCUCACCAGGCAGGUGUGUGGUUUUUAUGACGGGCAGAGAUCACAGUAGCGUGGAGGAUUGGGAACGCCUGCUCCACAUCACAGUGGUUCUCUGUGCUGUGCUGCUGGCUUUGUCUGUGGGUGCCUAUAUCGGGGCCGCACAGGCUUCUGGGAGCAGCAGUGGGCAGAGCCUGCUUUGCUGUCCUCCUAGCAGGAAAGCCCUGGGUUGCCCCUGUGCAGCCCCAACACACAAGGAUGACCCCUUCAGAGACCACAUAGUUGUGUAUGAGGCUGGUUAG